AUGCAAAAGUCUAGUAAAAGAAUCAAGCUAGAGAAGGAGAUUUUCUCCAAAUCCAUCAAGGACAUCGAGAAGAUGUUUAGUUGUCCCAUGAUAGACGAAGAAGAGCGUUUCCACAAACAGCCAUCCACGCUGGCCUCGGCGCUGCUCAAUAACAACAGACUGGAUAUUUUCAGUGAAAGCAUACUCAAAAAGACUACUUUCGAUUACGACUGUCGGGUCGAUGACGCUGAUUUGGAUGAGCCGGAGGAACCCGAACAGCACUUUUUGAAAGCACAUAACCUACAGGUGCCUAUCUUGCCUUCCUCCUCGCUAAUACCUGGGCAGUUACCACAGGCUGCUUCCAGUCCAAGCCACAUCCCGCUUGACUUGCGUGACGAGUACGACUUCUUUGAUGCCGAUGAUGAAGCAGGUCUCGUGAGCCCCAGUAUCAGAUUUCCUUAUCACAAGAACUUGGAAAGAGAUUUGAAGAUUAUCGACCAGAUGUUCUUGCAGCCUCUUCAGACAAUACCUGGCGUUUGA